GAAAUGGUAUGCGCAUGCGCAUAAUGCGCGGCGCCGUAGAAGGUGGUGUUCGGCAUUUCAGUGGAUAAUCCCGCAGUAUACCGAACGUUCAAAAUGUCGUUUCUUGACCUUCUUCUUGCGGAGGCUAUCAGCGCCGGACUCGCACGCCAGGCGGCGGCCAGAGAGCCGCCACCCGAGAACUUCUUCGUUCUUCCGAGGGAUCCGCGGGCGUGGCGCAUGUUCCAGGCCGCGUCAGAGAAAGAAACGAUGGUGGCUGCUAUUGAGAUAACAAACACGGCACCAAACUGCAGGGCCGUGCAGCCACUUUUCAUCGAGUUGGCCCGAAAAUUUUCUAACGUGCCGUUUCUGCGGGUCGAAAUCGGCCUUGGAAGUACGUACGAUGAGCUGCGAAGGAAUCUCGGUGGCGUGGAGUAUACGCCAACUAUUCUCGUCGUUCUCUUUGAAGAGGAGAGGAAGAAAAUCGCGAAAAUCGAAGGCGCCGACAAGAUUCGGGGCGCGAUCAGGAGCGGCGCGGCCGAGGCCCUCAUCACAGCCUUCAUGGAGGAACGCGUGAAGCUGAGGAUGGCCGAGAGGCUGGCGGAGCAGAUGGCGCUCCGUCUGGCCCUCGGAAUGGCAAUGGCGAGCGCGGCGGGCGCGGCGGGGGCGGCAGCCGCGAGGCGCAGGAGAGAAGACGAGCUGAGGGACAGGUUCGAGAGAGACAUGGAGAGGCAGAUUCAGGAGCGAACCAGACAGCAGCGCUCCGCCGGUCAGCAGCAGCAGCGAGGAAAAGAAGACGACGAUGAUGACGAUAAAGGGGAAGCUGAGUCAUCUGGGCUAUCUUUUGAAAGUCUGCUGAAGCGGUUCAGCCAGAACUAACUGUUUUUUGAAGUGCAGAACAGAGUUUUGUCUUGUGUCACAUUUUGUUUUGGUUUAUCCCCAGAUUCAACUUUGUAUUAUUACUGUAUUACAAACAGAGUUUGUCUUGUGUCACAUUUUGUUUUGGUUUAUCCCCGGAUUCAACUUUUUUAUUAACAGUAUUUUUAUUACUGUAUAAUAAUAUUGUGGCGAGG